CAUGAGUCUGGUAGCACUGAAUGUUUGCAAAAACAAUUUCAGGGAUUGCGCGCGUUUUUAGUGUUUAUUGUUGAAAUAAUUUUAUGUUCAAGGUUUAAACCAUAGCUUAAGGUUUUUAUUUGUAUUUCUAAGUCCAUUAACCGCAGUAUAAGAACGUCACCAUGUCUAAGAAACCCAUGGCACCAAAAAAGCAGAUUACACUUAGUAACUUCAUCGGCUUGAGCAGUCAGACUCAAAUACAAACUAAAAAGGUGUCUGGUGCCAACAACCCAGUAUGUAAAGUUUACAACCCCAUAUUUCUGGACUCCUCUUCUUCGGAUGAGGAUGACACACAGAGUUCCAGCACAAAAACCGAAUCACAAGAUGAUUCCAAUGCUACCCGAGCAUCGGAAGAGCAUCCUGUGGCCCUACCGGAGUCGCGAUUUGCGCCACAGCCUGCAAAUAAAUCCGGUCUGAAUGUUUUAGACGCAAAUUUGGGUAAAUGGCAAAUAGUAGAGCCAAAAGUUUCUAAGGACGUAUUGAAAAACAAUGAUCCCACUUUGAAGAAGGAUGACCUGUCCGUGUCCGUCUCUAAGAGACUGAGUUCAGAAUGGGUGAGGGAUUUUCCCUCCCCACCAUUCGAGGAUACGAGUAAUUGGCGAAGAGCAGAGACAAAAGUUUCUAAGGAUGUAUUAAAAUAUAUUCAGCCCGCUUUCAAGGAGGAUAUCCCAUCCGUCUCUAAGAAACUGCAUUCAGAACGGGAAAGAGAUGUGCCCUUACCUCCAUUAAUAGCAGCGUCAAAGUCCAAACUAAGCAUGGUCUUUGAUAACUCCCUGCCUGACUACUUGCGCGAACUGGCCCAAAAUGACAAUUUCACAGUAGAUCCCAGACAGCAGAGUGUGGAGGCCCUCAAGGCUACGCUUAACUUCUUUCGCACCACUCACAUUGACCUGAUGGACAAAUACUGUACACUGAUUGAUCAGAUUCCAGCCAUUCAUUUUGAGGAAAUAUCCGGGUUCCAGCCAAACACAUUUAUUAAACUAAAGGUCAUGCGGCAGAAAUUCAAGGCACGAUCGCAGCUAUUGCAAAAAGCCCUAGAGAGACAGCAGUGCAAUCGCAAGAACGAGCAGGAGGAACAGGAUGACAUGGAGCGGGAGGAGCAGGAAAUCGAGGCUGAGCAAAAUCGGGCAAAAGCAGCUAGCCAUACAAAUAUGACCCCACAACAAAACAGCAUACGCAUGGCGCCUCUCAAUAAACUCAUGCAUAAUGAUGUGGAACGCGAAAGUAAGCCGGAUGAGCAGGGGAUGCUGCGAAAACGGGAAGAGCUCAUACACGAUUUGUGUGAGGACCCGGAAGACGACUACUUGUCUCAGAGUAUCCUUCUUGACGGAGACCUACCUGAUGAGAAAAUGAACGGGUACACGCAGGAAAAUUGCGAGAUGGAUGAUGAUGAUGAUUUGGAUGGACUUUUGGCCAGCAUUGAAAACGAGCAUCAGCAAAUGCAGGGGCGCAAGUCAGAGUAUAACGGCUAUGGCUAUAAAGAUUUUGAAGCAGUGAAAAUUAACCGCGAAGAUAAAGGCUAUAAAAACUUCGAGGCAGUGCCACUUAACCCUAAGGAUAAAGGCUACAAUGCCUUUGAGGCCGGAAAACCUAAGCCUAAGGAAACACCCAAAGCACUUUCUUUGGAUGAUGAUGGGUUUCCUGAGUAUGAUGAAACACUUUUCGAGCAAAUGCAUUCUCAGGCUGCAUCUGCCAGCAUUACGGAUCUAACUAGCCCCAGCUGCAGCAAAAUUACUGAUCUAACCGGUCCCAGCUGUAGUCGAAAUCCACCCAGCCGGCCUCAACCAACCAAUGCUCAAAAGGUAUCAGGAAAUUUUCAUUCAAAUGUGCAUAAUGAUGGCAUCACCGGCGAAUUUGACGGACUACACUAUGAGCAUUCCACACGCUUAAUGCACGGCUUAAGCUAUAGCUUCGGCCUGAAGAGUUUUCGUCCCAAUCAAUUGCAAGUAAUCAAUGCCACAUUGUUGCGCAAUGAUUGCUUUGUGCUCAUGCCAACGGGAGGAGGAAAAUCGCUGUGCUACCAGCUUCCUGCUAUACUAACGGAGGGGGUGACCAUUGUUAUCAGCCCCUUGAAGUCGCUGAUCUUUGACCAAACCAAUAAACUGGCUUCGCUGGAUAUCGUCGCCAAGAGCCUAUCCGGCGAUCUGGGGGUGUCCGAUGCCAUGGCCGUUUACAGGGACUUGGAAUCACAUCCUCCCAUGGUCAAACUACUUUAUGCCACUCCUGAGAAGAUAAGCAGUUCUUCUCGCUUCCAGGACAUAUUAGACACUCUAAACGCCAAUAAUUACCUCAGUCGUUUUGUUAUAGAUGAGGCGCACUGUGUAUCCCAGUGGGGUCAUGAUUUUCGCCCAGACUACAAGAAAUUGGGAAUUCUGAAGAAGCGUUUCCCCAACGUACCCACAAUAGCCUUAACAGCAACUGCCACGCCUCGCGUGCGCUUGGAUAUUUUGUCGCAACUCAAUUUGAAGAACUGCAAAUGGUUCCUGUCGAGCUUCAAUCGUAGUAACCUGCGCUAUAAGGUGCUUCCAAAGAAAGGAGCGUCCACUAUUGAUGACAUGAGCGCAUUUAUAAGGACAAAGCCAGCACACUCAAGUGGGAUUAUCUACUGCCUCUCGCGAAAGGAGUGCGAUGAAGUGGCUAAGAAAAUUUGCAAAGACGGAGUUCGCGCGGUGGCGUAUCAUGCCGGUCUCACGGAUACGGAGAGGGAGAGUCGCCAGAAAGACUGGUUGACUGGAAAGAUCAGAGUGAUCUGUGCCACUAUUGCAUUUGGUAUGGGUAUCGACAAGCCCGAUGUUAGAUUUGUCCUGCAUUUUUCGCUUCCGAAAUCUAUUGAAGGCUAUUAUCAGGAGGCUGGUCGGGCAGGGCGAGAUGGAGAUGUUGCAGAUUGCAUCCUAUACUAUAAUUAUUCUGACAUGCUUAGACUCAAAAAGAUGAUGGAUGGCGACAGAGCUCUUCAGUACAAUGUUAAAAAAAUGCACAUCGAUAAUUUGUAUCGCAUUGUGGGCUACUGUGAGAACAUAACGGAUUGCCGGCGUGCCCAGCAACUGGACUACUUUGGGGAGCACUUCACCAGCGAACAGUGUUUGGAGAAUAAGGCCACAGCUUGUGAUAACUGCGUGAAUAGGCGAGCCUAUCAGCCAAUUGAUGCGCUGGAGCCGGCCAGAAAGGCGGCCCGUGCUGUCAAGGAUCUAUGCAGUGGAAGGUCGCGCUUCACGCUCCUACACAUUGCCGACGUCUUGAAGGGCAGCAAGAUUAAGAAGAUCGUGGAAUUCGGGCACCACAAUACCCCACAUCAUGGAUCUUUAAAGGACUGGGAUAAGAACGAUAUAAAUAGGUUGCUGCGCAAAAUGGUUAUUGAUGGCUUCCUACGGGAAGAUUUGAUUGUUAUGAAUGACUUUCCUCAGGCAUAUCUAUACCUGGGCCACAGCAUAAGCAAACUAAUGGACGGUAGUCCCGACUACCAAUUUGCCACAAUGCGAAAGGAGGCAAAAGCAUCCAUUGCCACUGUAUCUGAGCCGGGAGCUGGGAGCAGCAAUGAUGGAAAGUCGAAGAUGCGCGAAAUACACGAUCGCUGCUAUACUGAUCUUCUCGACUUGUGCCGCACCAUAGCUAGUCAGCGAAACGUGACGAUGGCUAGCAUAAUGAAUAUACAGGCUCUCAAAAGUAUGGCAGAGAUUUUACCACUGACUGAGAAGGACAUGUGCAGCAUUCCGCAUGUGACGAGGGCGAACUAUGAUAAAUAUGGCGAGAAACUCCUUGAGAUUACUUGUAAUUAUGCUUCGGAGAAGCUUCUGAUGCAAGCCAUUUUGGACGAGGAGCAGGAGCAGGCGGUUGCAGCAGCAGCACAGAAGUCGCGGGCCGGGAGCUCAGGUUGGAAAAACGACACUGCUGUGGAUUGGCAGAAAGAGGUGGCAUCGCAAGGUACCAGUGGAAGCGGUUUUGGUUCCUCCUCCCGCGGUGGAAAACGAAAGCGAACUUUUAAAUCGGGAUCAAGCAAGAGAUUUAAAAGUACUUCAGCCUCUCCAGCGCCAAAAAGGACUACUGCAGGUAAAGGAGGUCGUGGCGGAAGAGCGACAGCUAAGCGCGGAGAUAACGCAGCCGGAGCCACUUCUGCCUCUGGCUGGAAAAGUAAAAAAACAGGAAGCAGCUUUGGCUUUGACCUGAUGCCUCCUCCAGGAUCUGAGUAAAGCCAUCGUCAUAUUUUAGUGAAACAAAAACGUGCUGAUGACCAUCAUUUUUUCUCAUUUCAACUUUCAUUUUGUUUAACAGUAACAACAUUGCCCUAGAGAAUUAGACUUAGAAAAGUAAGCGCUGGACCCGCUUGCAUCUUUGGCUGAAACAGCAUAAAAACAAACUCGGUUUUGAAAUUGCACAGACGUUGUGAAUUUCAGUUCAUUAAGUACUCAAACACUUUCAUUACUGUCCCCUAUUUGGCGGCUUGACGCAAUUUUUCCUCAAAAUCGUAUGCACCCAUUGACCAUAUUAAGUUUGCGUCCGUUUCCACUUGUACAAACUCUGUGGAGUAGGUGUUCGAUGUACUGACCAUGCCGCCAAACUCCAUCUGUGUGUGAUCUUCAAAACAAAAGAAUCGCAUUAAAUAAAACUGUAUGGAUCUAAAGAAUUCGUAUA